GCCCUUUCCAACUUGAAUAGUAUAUUUAUUAUCAUGUAUCUUAUCAACGCUUCGACCUUGCAGCUCGAAGACUUCUAUAGCAAUAUUCCCGAAUAUGCAAUCCUGUCACAUACGUGGGGUCACACCAGUGAGGAGGUCCUUUUUCAAGAGAUGCUCACCAACUCAUCCGACGUGAAGCUCAAAAAAGGUUACAAGAAGAUCGAAUUAUGUGCGAAGCAAGCUCAAAAAGAUGGUCUCGGCUAUUGCUGGGUCGAUACCUGCUGCAUUGACAAGUCCAGCAGCGCAGAACUCUCAGAAGCUAUCAACUCCAUGUUCUCUUGGUAUCGAAACUCGGCCGUCUGCUAUAUAUAUCUAGAAGACGUGGUCCACGAAGAGGGUGUGGGUCAAGUUGAUCAGUCUCUCGGAGAAGCAAGGUGGUUUACACGGGGUUGGACAUUACAAGAGCUCUUGGCUCCCCGAGUUCGCCAGUUCUUCGAUGCAAACUGGACCAUGAUCGGAGAGAUAUCAAAGAACCGUUACAGAGAACAUCUAGUUAAUGGUUUCUUUCGUAUGGAUACGACUGCCGACGAAGAAGGAGAUCCUCAAGAGCUUGAGGGAAUGAGUCUGGCGAGUCAAGUUGCCCAGAUCACUGGGAUACCCAGGAAGGUCCUUUACAUCGGCGAUCUCGGAUCCUUCUCAGCUGCUACGAGAAUGUCAUGGGCAGCAAGGCGACGAACAACUCGCAUAGAAGACCAGGCAUACUGUUUACUGGGAAUCUUUGACGUUCAUAUGCCCCUCCUCUACGGCGAAGGCAAGCAUGCCUUUAUACGACUGCAAGAGGAGAUCAUAAAAAAACAGCCAGACCAUACGCUGUUCGCAUGGCGCUCGGAAUCGACUUCGCCAGCGCCAACAUUCAGCGGACUUCUUGCUCCUUCAUCGUGGAAUUUUGACAGCGACCACUGCCGUGGUUCGCUUGGUGGAGCAUGA